AUGACUUACAAAGAGGCCCGACAAGCCUGGAGACGGGCGGCCAACUUCGUGUUGUCAAGCGACAAUGUCCUAUAUUGCACGGAUGUGAACAGAAGAAAGGCCGAAGAAAACAUGCCUGAGAUGUCGUUGAGACUUGUGGUGCCAACCACAAUGAUCCAAGAGGUGCUACACAACUGUCAUGACUCAAUCGAAGGAGGACACCAGGGUGUCGUCCGCUCUUACCAAAAAGUAAAACACGACUACUACUGGAUCGGUCUCUACGCAGAUGUGGAGAAACAUGUGAAAUCAUGUCUCAACUGCAGCUCAGAGGCUAUUCGCCUGGGAAUGUGCUCGCGGAGCGACCAUUCCAGGUGGUGUCUAUGGACUUUGUGA